UGCGCGUACCUGAGAGAGCUCUGCGCGCGACCGACAUCCGCGGGCAUUACUGGAGAAGAGCGCGCGCGCGAAGAGUCCAGUCAGUCGCAGCGCAGGACGGAGACAGUCACAGUACCGUAGACCGGACCAGAACCAGAACCGGGACCAGAAUCAGGACCAGAAUCAGGACUAAGACCAGGACCAGGACCGAGCGGGUUUCAUUAGGUUCAUCUGACAGAACAUACACAGAUCUUCUCUGUGUGUCCUGAUUGGCUCGAGGGCGGGACUAACGGCUCGAGGGCGGGGCUAAACUCACUCCGAGGCGCCUCAUUGGUCACGCGGCGUGAUGGACAGGCCGAGCGACGGCCGAUUGGCUCUGCUGCUGCUGCUGGGUCACAUGAUUACGGCGCUGGAGGUUCCUCUGGACCCUAAACUCCUGGAAGGAUUGCCGCAGCCGCCCACUAUCACCCAUCAGUCGCCGAAGGAAUAUAUCGUGGACCCGCGCGAGAACAUCGUCAUCCACUGCGAGGCCAAAGGGAAGCCGCACCCCGGCUUCUCGUGGACGAGGAACGGGACGCAUUUCGACAUCGAUAAAGAUCCCAAAGUCACGAUGAAGCCUCAUUCAGGAACGCUGGUGAUCGACAUCAUCGGCGGAGAGAAGGCCGACGCCUACGAGGGCGUGUAUCAGUGCACCGCCCACAACCAGCUCGGCUCCGCCCUCUCCAACCACAUCACCAUCCGCCAGUCCAGAUCUCCUCUGUGGUCUAAAGAGAAGUUCAGUCCAAUCGUGGCGCAGGAGGGACAGUCGCUGGUCCUGCAGUGCCGCCCCCCCGCCGGCCUGCCGCCGCCCAUCGUGUUCUGGAUGGACAACAAUUUCCAGCGUCUGCCGCAGAGCCGGCGAGUGUCUCAGGGUCUGAACGGAGACCUGUACUUCUCCAACGUCCUGAUGGAGGACUCCAGGAACAACUACAUCUGCUACGCCCGGUUCCCACACACGCAGACCAUCCAGCAGAAGCAGCCCAUCACCGUCCACGUCAUCGACCUGGAUUCACUCAAUGACACAAUGGCAGAUUAUUUCAAUGACACUGAUUUGUUUAGCGAUAAGCCGGUGGAGGAGCGAGUGCCGGUGCUCCUGGUUCCCAGCGGCUCGCUCAGCUCUCAGAUGGUCCUGCGAGGAGAGGUCCUGGAGCUGGAGUGCAUCGCAGACGGCCUUCCCACUCCGGCGGUCUCCUGGACGAAGCUCAGCGGGGAGAUCCCCGGUCACCGAGCCUCCCUGAUGAACUUCAACAAGACUCUGCGGAUCUCGGACGUGUCGGAGGCGGACGCCGGGGAGUAUCGCUGCACUGCCGGGAACCGGCUCGGCUCAGUUCACCACACCAUCAGAGUCUCCGUCAAAGCGGCUCCGUACUGGAUCAGCGCUCCCAGGAAUCUGGUUCUGGCUCCGCUGGAGACGGGCGUCAUCACGUGCCGGGCCCGAGGACACCCCAAACCCCACAUCCAGUGGUCCAUGAACGGCCUGCCCAUCGAGGACACUCCUAAAGACCCGAGCCGGACGGUGGAGGACGACAGCAUCAUCUUCUCCGAGGUCCAGACGGGCUCCAGCGCCGUUUACCAGUGUAACGCCUCCAAUCAACACGGGUACUUACUGGCCAACGCCUUCGUCAACGUGCUGGCGGAGCCGCCCAGAGUUCUGACGGCCCCUAAUAAGGUGUAUCAGGUGAUCGAGAACCGCCCCGCUCUGCUGGAGUGCCUGUCCUUCGGCUCGCCCGUCCCGGCCGUCACAUGGUUUAAGGACAGCCGCUCCAGCAUGUUGGAGGGAGAUCCCUAUGUGUUCCACAAGAACGGGACGCUGGAGAUUCACGUGUCUCAGGCUGCAAACGGCGGGAAGUACACCUGCGUCGCCAGGAACAACCUCGGCAUCUCCGAGAACCACGUCUACCUGGAGGUCAAAGAGCCGACGCGGAUCCUCAGGCCUCCGGAGUACAGGGUGGUCCAGAGGAACCGGGACGUUCUGUUCGAGUGUAAAGUGAAGCACGACCCGUCUCUCAUUCCCAGCACCAGCUGGCUCAAAGAUGGAGGAGAGCUGCCCGAAGACGACAGGUUUCGAGCGCAGUUGGACAGUCUGACCAUCACAGGCGUGACGGAGAGCGACGCAGGAACGUACACGUGUGUCACGUACACCUCUCUGGACCAGGACUCGGCCAGCGCUCGGCUCACGGUGGUCGAGGCUCCGCCCACUCCUGCGCCGAUCUACGGGCAGCCGGAUGCUCCCACUGAUCUGGAGCUGACGGAUCCGGGAGCGAGGAGUGUUCAGCUCACCUGGACACCUGGAGACGAGCACAACAGCGCCAUCAAGAAGUUCUUGAUCCAGUACGAGGACGGUCUUCAUCAGAGUGGUGUGUGGCUCAAUCUCACGGAGGUUCCCGGGACGAAGACCACGGCUCACCUCAAGCUCUCCCCGUACGUGCACUACAGCUUCAGAGUGCUAGCGCUCAACGGAGUGGGCUACAGCCGGCCCAGCUUGCCCUCGCGCCAGUACAGGACCAACCCCGCAGCUCCAGACGAGAACCCCAGUGAGGUCAAAGGUCACGGCACGGAACACAAUAACCUGGUCAUCACGUGGAAGCCGCUGACGGGGCUCCAGGCGAACGGCCCCGGCCUGCAGUAUACGGUCCUGUGGCGGCAGCACGGCGUGGAGGAGGACUGGACCUCCGUCAGCGUGGCCAACGUCUCCAAGUUCGUGGUGUCGGGGACGCCCACGUUUGUGCCGUACGAGGUGAUGGUGCGGGCGCAGAACGCCUACGGGCCCGGCCCCGAACCCGCCGCUGUGAUCGGGCACUCCGGAGAGGACUUUCCCUCAGCGGCCCCGGGGCUGGUGCAGGUGCUGGUGCUGAACAGCACGCUGGCGGAGGUGCACUGGGAACACGUUCCUCUGUGGGCCGUGCGCGGGCGACUGCAGGGCUAUAAGGUUCAUUACCGGCGCGAGCGGAGUUUACACCGACACAACUCUCACCACGGCGAGCAGAGGAGCGAGAGCUUCGGGCCCAACAGAACCCGCGGGAAGCUCCCGGACCUGCACCCGUUCAGCGUCUACAGUCUGCACGUGACGGCGUUCAACAGCCGCGGGGAAGGACCCGCUAGCGCCACGCAACGCUUCGAGACGCCGGAGGGCGUUCCCGGCGUGCCGUCGUUCUUCCGCGUGUCGGCUUCGGAUCUGGACUCUCUGACGCUGGAGUGGGCUCCGCCUCACGAGAGGAACGGCCGUCUGACCGGAUACACCCUCAGAUAUCAGACGGUCAACAGCAGCCAUGACUUGGGUCUGCUGGAUGAGAUGGAUCUGCUGUCCAAUCAAAGCAGUGUAACGCUGCACAACCUCCAUCACAGCACGCGCUACAAGUUCUAUUUCAGUGCCAAAACACAGCAGGGAUCCGGUCCUGCGCUCACCGAGGAGGCCGUCACCAUCCUCCACAGAGCGCCGGCCAUCGCUCCUGCGUUCGGGAACGUCAGCUCGUCCGUGAGCGAGGACGGAGCACUGAUCAGUUGGGAGUACUGGGGUCCCGAGAAACACCUUUAUGUUGAAUAUAUUAUAGACAACAGUGAUGAAGACUGGCACACAGAGAAGGUCAACGGCUCUCAGUUCCACGUGCUAAAGGGUUUGAAGGAGGGUUUGUCCUACAAGGUGCGCGUGGUGGCCAGAGGUCGGGAGGACGAGCGCUCGCUCCGGCGCUCUGAGGAGCUGUUGGUCACGCUCCCAGCGAUGGUGAGUCCGCAAGUGGACAUCGCCACUCAGGGCUGGUUCAUCGGGCUGAUGUCGGCCAUCGCUCUGCUCAUCCUCAUCCUCCUCAUCGUCUGCUUCAUCAAGAGGAACAAGGGCGGGAAAUAUCCAGUUAAAGAGAAGGAAGACGCUCACGGAGACCCGGAGAUCCAGCCCAUGAAGGAGGACGAUAUAAUGUUUGGAGAGUACAGUGAGGAGGACCGUAAGCCGCUCAGAGUUAGCCGGACGCCCUCCAGCGGGACGGUCCCGCGUGACGGCAGCGAGGACAGUUUAGUGGAGUACGCCGACUCCGGGGACACGCAGUUCAACGAGGACGGCUCCUUCAUCGGCCAGUACAGCGGCAGGUCGGGGCCCCCGUCUCCGGUCAUCAACUCGCUGGUGUAGGACUGACCCCAGACCAGACACACACACACUCGCUCU